CGCGGGGGUGGAGCUUCGGUUGCCAGGAAGCGGCUUGGGCAGCGGAGGCGUCUCGCUGAGUUUACGCUGUAGGCAGCUGCACCCGAGGUCGGGAGCGGAGGGGACGGUACCAUGAGGCGCUGAGCAUUAAAUCGCCGUUUGAAUUCAAGUGGAGCUGUCUGUGCUCAGUUCUUCGGAAAAUAACCCUUGGCAACUUGCCCAAGGUCACCCAGGAAGUUGAUGGCAGAGUUCUGUUGCCCAGUCCCCUCCGAGUCAAGACGACAGAUUUGCUUUCAUUGCAGAAUGGUAUGACCCAAAUGCUUCACUCUUUCGACGUUACGAACUGUUGUAUUAUCCGAAAGAUGGGUCAGUUGAAAUGUAUGAUGUGAAGAACCAUCGCACCUUUCUGAAACGCACAAAAUAUGAUGACUUACACCUAGAAGAUUUGUUUAUAGGCAACAAAGUUACUGUCUUUUCACGUCACCUUUCCCUAGUAGACUAUGGGGAUCAAUACACAGCCCGCAAGUUGGGUAGCCGCAAAGAAAGAACACUGGCUUUGAUUAAACCUGAUGCAGUACCCAAGAUUGGAGACCUAAUUGAUAUCAUCAUUAAUGCUGGGUUAACAAUAACUAAAGCCAAAAUGAUGGUACUUUCACGGAAAGAAGCAAUGGAUCUCCAUGUAGACCAUCAAUCAAAGCCCUUUUACAAUGAGCUUCUCCUGUUUAUUACAAGUGGUCCUACUGUUGCCAUGGAGAUUUUAGGAGAUGAUGCCGUGUCUGAAUGGAAGAAGUUACUGGGACCUGCAAACUCUGGCGUGGCUCGUUCUGAUGCCCCGGGCAGCAUUAGAGCAAUGUUUGGAACAGAUGGCAUAAGAAAUGCAGCUCAUGGUCCUGACUCUUUUGCUUCUGCUGCUCAAGAACUGGAGUUGUUCUUUCCCUCAAGUGGAGGCCGUGGUCCAGCCAAUAGUGCAAAAUUUACAGACUGUACUUGUUGCAUUAUUAAGCCUCAUGCUGUUAAUGAAGGGCUAACUGGAAAGAUUAUAAAUGCCAUCCUUGAUGGGGGAUUUGAAAUCUCAGCUUUGCAAUUGUUCAACAUGGAACGUGCGAAUGUGGAAGAGUUCUAUGAGAUUUACAAAGGUGUUGUUGCUGAAUACACUGAGAUGGUUACAGAACUGUGCUCAGGGCCUUGCAUAGCACUAGAGAUCAGGCAGCUUGAUCCUCAAAAAGUAUUCAGAGACUUCUGUGGGCCUUCUGAUCCUGAAAUAGCCCGUCACCUCCGACCUGGAACCCUGCGUGCCAUCUUUGGUAAAAACAAGAUUCAGAAUGCUGUCCACUGUACAGAUCUACCAGAGGAUGGACUUUUGGAGGUCCAGUACUUUUUCAAGAUUCUGGACAACUGACAGCAGAACAUGGAACUAUCUUGGGUUCCUGAACGAAAGACUGACACGAGGAGAGAUGUGUUCAUUCAUUUAUUGUCCAAUGUUUUAACCUGACUGAAAUACAAGAGCAAGAGCACUGUGCUCCUGGCUAUUUAUUACAUAUGUUAGAACAGAGUUUUACACUUUAGACAACAUUUAACACCAUUCUAUGGGGUACGGCAUUGCUUUUUAUAAAGUUCAAAAUAAAGAUUUAUUUUCAAACAAGUGACUUUGGUUUUUCAUACAUUACACUUCCUUGCAGAAAAAAUAAAAUUGUACAACUGCAUAAAUAUAAAAUCUUCCACCAUGAAAAUGGUUAAAACAUUCAAUAAAGACAUUAGCACCACAUGGUGUGAUGCUGCCAGCAGGAGGGGGAAAAAAAAGUAUACACAAAGCAAAUAAUCAUCAGUCAUCACUGGUGGGGCUAGCCUGACUCAGGUCUCUCACAACAUAGUGGAGGAUGAGGGUGGAAAGAGCAUUCACUACGGAGCACAGUACACAAUCACCUUUUUUAUUUAGUCAUGAACUCAAAUUAGUUUCCCCUGCCACCCCUCCAAA